AUGGAGGCAGCCCCCGAGGAAGCCGUGAGGGGCAGCAGGGCCUGGCAGGAGCCCAUCACCGAGCAGGAGCUCCGUGAGCAGCUGCGGAGGGCAAGGGAUGACUACAGCAUGGCCACAGGAACCAUCUCCUCCUUGCAAAGACAACUGGAGAUCCAAGAGUCCCAGCUCCGGAGAGCCAGAUCUGAGACCGAAAUGCUCCAAAAGCAGCUCAGAAAGCAAGAAAGCCACUUACAAGACAUGUCUGCCAAGCUUUGCAGUCUGAGAGAACAGAAAUGUGAAGAAAUGAUGGUGACAAUAGAGGAGGAGAACCGCAGCCUCCAACAGGUCAUCACGGAACAAGAAUCCAAGCUGGCUGCACAGAACAAGCUCAUCAAUGAGCUCCAGGAGACCGUGAGCCAGCUGCAGACAGAGGCACGCUCCAACCGGUACCACAUCCGCAGGCAGCAGCAGCAGCAGGAGGCAGCCCAAAGGGAGGUUAAGACCCUGCAGCAGAAGGAGCUGCAAACUCGUGUGGCACUGGAGCUCAUCACCAGCAAGUUUGAAAAGUAUCGAAACAAAAUAAUCCAGGCUGCAUUCAGCACAGCAGGCAUCAAACCUCCCCAGGCAGAGAUCACGGACGAGGAGGUGCUGGAGGCAAUGCAGAAGAUCAUUAAUGAACGGAUCGAGUUCCAUCAGAUGCUCAAACACAAAGGGGUCAGAGUCCCGUCGCUCUAUGGCACCGACACCGCUGCAUCACCUACUAGCAAGGGAAGGAGAAGGAGCAGUGCAAGGCAGCAGCGUAACACCCCUGAGAAGUAGCCCUGAUGGCUGAGCACAAAACAUCACCAACGGCAGGCUCC